GUUUUCCAAACUUGGGUGCAACAGCCAGAAACAAACACCACACGACGCAAAGACACAACACCAACCACGACUACGACACAACACCAACUACACGACCCACGAGACGUAGCCAUGGGCGACCGACGUGGAAACAACGGCGAUGAGGGAGAGCAGGGGAGGUUUAGUCGUCGCCCCGUGCGUGGGGAUGAUGGCUUUGGCAGUGGUGAGCAAAGGGUGGAGUACCCGUUCAUCAAAGGGUUUGCAGCAGGAUUGUUCGUUGCCCACUUCAACAGACACCUGCUGAUGGGCGCCCUUCUCGGAACAGCGGCAGGCAUGUACUACCAGCAGGAGUUUGGGGCCCCAGAUGUCAAGCAAGUAUAUGACGACACAUGCGAAAAGCUCAAAGACCUGCUGAAGCCGCCCAAGAAGUAAUCGUACGCUGUUUGUUCUGUGUUUCAUACCCGCCUUCGUUGUGUCGAGUGCAGCUUGUUGUGUCGAGUGUAGCCAUUUAUGUUUGAGAUGCAUGUUCGUGUGUUCGACACGACGCGACUAGCAUGACGACGACCUUGUGUGUGUGUGUGUGUGUGUGUGUGUGUGUGUGUGUGUGCGUGUGUUGUUCUCGCUUAGUGUCUUCUUCGUUCUUUGUUCAGCUUGUUACCUUCCACUUGGCAUUGACUGCGCUUGCACACCCGUCACCCUUUGUUGUGUUUCCCCUCCCCACAUCAGCUUGUACAGUUGUUUCGCACGCUUUGCACACACUUUUGCCGCUUCGCCCCUCUUGAUGCGUCUUUUGUUCCUCCUUGCUUGAUUGAUUAACUGGAAAUGUAUUGACAAGUGCUCGCCUGGGUCUGGGAUGUGGUUUUUGCGGCCACUGCACAAGGCAUAGCUUGGCCAGCCAGCGUGCACGCCACACAGUUAUCCUCAGCCAGUUGAAAGGAAAUACACAACAACGACAUUGAAACCGACACACAUCAGCGCUGAUGACACGCAUC